UUAGCCGUCCUCAGAAGACCCCUUUUCAGAACAAGGGCGAGGAAACAGACCACUAAGAGAAAGGACACUGACAUCGUGUGGACAAUCAGAGAGUUACACCCGGUAACCACAGGAGUGUCGCCAUCAGAGGAGAAGUCGGAACCCGGUCCACGAAGAAACACCCCAUCAGAGACCUUCAACACGUGGGAGGACUUCGUACUCUACAACUGGGUGUGUUCUACUGGAACUAAAUUCUGCUCACACACAGGCUGCUGCUGCACAUGCAGGAUGUCCUACAGACGGAUGCUUCGAAUGGAUUCUCCCCGUAUAUGUUAUCUUUAUUUACUGGCUGUUAUAGGGUCUUGUUAUGGAGCAGGUGUGUUACCAGACGGGCUCCUACUUGGGAAGGUUGGAGGGAAUGUGACAUUUAACAGAGCAUCAGACCAGCCAUUUCUAACAUUACAAAUGAGAGUUAAUAGUACACCUAUGUUCAACUAUGUCAGCAGUUCUGACACUUUCAAGCCUGAAGAUGGAUACAGAGACAGAAUCAAUCUGGACAGAUUGUCAGGAUCCGUGGAGCUCAUGAAUCUUGUUCUGACUGACAGUGGACAAUACACAGUGACCAUUAUAACAACUGCAGCAGUAUCAGUGGAGGAAAACACCAAACUGGAAGUGUAUGAGCCAGUCGCCAACGUGACAAUAACGCUGAACAACACUGACAUAUUAGUAGAGUUCAACAACUCUGUCAGUCUGUCUUGCUCCUCCUCUGGCACCUCCCUCUCUUACCGCUGGCUGAAUGCCAGCUCUGAGGUCACAGCCGGGGAUGGAGUUCAGUUUGGUGAUGGCAACAGCACUUUCACCAUAGUCAGAGUGACCCGGUAUGACCAGGGACCGUUCAGCUGUAUUGUGUCCAACCCUGUCAGCAGUGACAUCAACAGACAGAAUCUAACCCUCACUAUCAGCUAUGGUCCAGAAAACACAGCAAUGAAGGUGAUCCCAUCAGAUGUACAUUAUGAAACAGGAUCAAACCUCAAUUUGUCCUGCUCAGCUAAGUCCAGUCCUCCUGCCAAGUUUCAGUGGGCUCUGAAUGGAACACUGCUGUCCAAUAAGGGACCAGAACUCAGUCUGGAGAACAUUCAGGCCAGUCAGAGUGGUAGCUACAGCUGCUGGGCCCAUAACACCAGAACCCUGAGGUACCAGACCUCUGAGCCCACUGACAUCACUGUGCUGGAACUAAUAUCUGGCGCUAUCAUUACAACUUCCCAAAACCCUCCAAUCCUCGAGGGCAGUUCUGUCUCCUUAACCUGUGAUGCUUCUGGCUCCAUCAUCACCAGAGAGUGGAUGAAGGAUGGUCAGCUUCUGUCUGCUGGUGGCAACCUAAUCAUCUCUGAGGAUAAGAGAGUGCUGUCCAUAAACCCUGUGAAGAGAACAGACAGUGGAGAAUACCUGUGUAGACUCAGCAACCCAUUCAGCAUCGCUGAUGCUAAACACGGUCUCAUUGUAAACUAUGGACCUGAUGGUAUGGAAAUCAAGGGUCCAACUGAAAUAGAAGUAGGACAGAAGUUUACAUUGACCUGCUCUGCUGACUCCAACCCGCCUGCUAGUUACAUCUGGAUGCACAAUGAGACAGAGAUACCAGGACAUUCACCUGAGUUCACUAAAGAGAAGAGUGAAUACUCUGACAGUGGGAAUUACAACUGUACAGCAACAAAUGAUGUCAUUGGAAUUAAAACAUCUGUGGUCCAUAAACUGUCAGUAAAAGCGGAGGGCUCUCUAACUCCAGGUCUGUCUGCUGGUGCCAUUGCUGGGAUUGUGAUUGGAGUAUUGCUGGUUGUGGGAGUGGCAGUUGGUGUUGCAGUCUACUUCAUGAAGAAAAAAGGUUUCUUCAAGAAGGAAUCCUCCAUUGAAAUGAGUGUUGGCAACACAGGUAAAAGCUCUGCUAAUGGACGGGGACCAGGAGGAAACCAGGAGCUGAACUAUGCAGACAUCACGCAAUUCCAGAAGAGGGACGGUGGGUCAGUUCAGCUGGGGAACCUGGGUACUUCCUCCACAGAGUAUGCUCAGGUCCGAGUCAACAACCGGCCUGGUCAGCCUGCCAAACCGCCCACCUACGAAGCCCACCAAUCCCAGCAUCCCCAGGUGAAAAAGCCUGUCCUUAAGCCUGCCCCCGAUGCUGCAUCCACCAUCUACUCAGACGUUCGAAGGAACUGAACACGCCUCCCUGUCAAUCAUCUGGACCAGUUGGGGUCAGUCAGGGCGACCAGGCCUGUUCAGACAUGGUCAAUGAAGCCCCACAACCUUCUCUUUGUCUAUGUGCCAACAAAACUUUUAUUCUAAUACUUUAUCCUUUAUUAGGCCUUACAGAUCCUUGAACAAACUAAAAUGUCAGUUAACCCUUUAGCCAUUAUCAAUUCAUUGGGUGUUCAUCUGUUUUAUAAUUUGUACUCAACUAAUAGUAAAUGUCAUAAUAGAUCAUCAGAUCAUGAUGGAUAGUGAAUAUUUGUAUAGACAGAAAAUAUACAGCUACAUACAUAAUGUGCCAUUAACCCUCUAGAGCGGGGAUCAACUAGAUUCAGCCACGGGCCGCAAGAAGCCCAAACAGAUAUAAUGUUUGACUAAAACACAAUCAUUUCAAACCUUGCUUACAUCUGUAUACAAUCAUGUGUCUCUAUUAUGUGUGGGAAUACUUGGGAACAGAUUUCUUAAAGUGAAAUUACUUGGAGCUGAUUUCCUGGUGUUUUUCCAGUCUUUUAUGUCCACCAAUGAAGAAAAUAAUAAAAAUAAGAAAUUAGCUUGGGGGGCCAACUAAGACCACCCAUGGGCCACCCUACUAAACUAACACAUGGAAUUGUUUUAAGAUGGUCAUACCAAGGAUCAUUUUAGAUGUUUGAUUUUGAAUUUUAAGACCCCUUAAAGAUAGUUUCUCUUACUGCUAUUUUCAGUUCCCAUACAUACUGUUGAGGUAACUGGAGGCCUAUUAUACCACAAAUUGGGAAAAUCAUUAGCAUGCAUCCCAUGGUUUAGCAGAAUAGCAACAUAGAGGAACACCAUCUCUCAGGGUGACGUGGGUACCAUUGCCCUGGUCAUUUGCAUUUACCGUUUGUACUGUUAGAUAUCAUAAAAGGGAAAUGAAAAAACCCUGUGUGCAGUAUGUGUAAAGGAUUGAUCCUAUGUUUGUUUUGUUUAUUAGCAAUAGAUGGCUCUCACAGUUGCUUUGUUUCUCUGGUUAUCUUUUUUGAGUGUACAGGAUGUACAUUCAGGAAUUAUUUUUAUGAAUAUUUUCCCUAUGGCUAUUUGAUUACAAAAACACCAAUAAUAAUAUAGGAAUUAAAGAUACUAUAUUACUUAUUAUUUCUGACUAUCUUCUCUGUAAAUUGAAAGGUUCAGUACCAGACACAUCUAUCAUAGAACGAGCUGUCUUGUUGUUUGUGGACAACAUAGUCCCAACCAGGUAAUGGGAAGUUAUUAAACACUGCACUACUCCUUUAGCUUUAAUAAUGAAGCUGUAUUUAUUAUUUGGGACAUUUUCUACAAUGAUGCUUGUACCUCAAACUUAUUAUCAAUAACAUAUAUUACUAUUUUUUGUAUGUUUAAAUUAUUAAAUUAACGUACAAUGUGUGAGAAAGCAGGCUUGACUUACCAUGAGAUGAUGACUAUGAUCAUCUGUAUGAUUGCCAGCUUUAUUCUGGUUUAUUGUGGUUCCAAUCAUAUUUGUUUUUUGAGAAUUCACCUAUGUUUGAGUCAUUAUGUAUUUUGAAGCAAAAAUAGAAGUGUCUGUAUGCUUAAGAAUUGUUUAUUUAAUGUCAAAUGUACUGUACUGUCACGUUGGCAUGAAGAGAUUCAGGAGACAGACGCAGGAAUGUGUAAUACUGGGUUUUAUUAAGCCCUAAUUUACGGCGUGCCGUGUUAAGGGCACGAGGACAAAGACCAAACAAACACGUAACAAAACACACAGGGUAGAAACCCAAAACAAAAGAACGAGGAGUACCUCAAAUAAAUACACACGCGCACAAUGAUUAACACACAGGAUGAGACCCGUAAUCAUCUGUGCAAUCCACAAGGACAUGAAAGCCCAAAAUACACAGCACAGGUACUCACACGCACCAACGGACAUUGGAACAAUUAUCGAUAAGACCAUGGAAACCAAAGGGCACAUAUAUACAAAUACUAAUCAGUGAGAAUACGGGACAGGUGUGCGUGAUGAAAGUUCCAGAGGCAUCCGUGACAUGUACAUGAUUUAGUGCCAUGUCUACUCUCAAACCAAACAUUCCGGUCUAUCUACUACCAAACAAAUCAUAGAGUUGUUAUUUACUAACACAGGGAAAGGCACAGCAUGUGUAAUGCUAUACUCCAACUUCAAAGGCCCUCUCAUUAAACCCUUUCAAUAUACUUAGUAGUUCAUUUACACUCAUGAAUCCUGUGUGGCUCAGUUGGUAGAGCAUGGUGUUUGCAACGCCAGGGUUGUGGGUUCGAUUCCCACGGGGGACCAGUACGGAAAAAAAUGUAUGAAAUGAAAUGUAUGCAUUCACUGCUGUAAGUCACUCUGGAUAAGAGUGUCUGCUAAAUGACUAAAAUGUAAAUGAAUCCAUUGGUUCCUAUGAUGUGAGUGUGUCAUUGAAGUUUUACUUUUCCACCUAUUGACUGCUACUGUACAUGAUUAUUCUGCAUAAUGAAUUUUAAACUUGUCUGCCUUUAAAAAAAGAGUAAAUCAACUAUUUAUUUUGACAUAAUUGCGCUUUUAUGGAAGAAUUCGUUUUUCUGCCAAUAAAUUAUAUUUGCUGUAACAUG